AACAAAAUUAGUUUCUUUGUAAUGCUAUAUUGGUAGCUUCCGUUGCAUAUUAAAUAAAUUUUUAGUUGCACCGUACCUGGAGAAUCAGAGUCGAUGCAUGGGGCUGACUAGGCCACCGUGCGAGCGAUUCUUGCUUUGCUGAGUGCCACAAGGAAUUUGCAUUGCAUGGUCAACCACCUCUCGGGUUUGUUUGGUGAGCCAAUUUAUCUUGGUCGGUGUUGCGAGGCUACCUCCACGCACAUUUUGUAUGGAGCCAAAGGCCAAAGCCCUCUUCGCCGCCUCUAUUCCUUUUCUCACCACCGUUGCCCCUGCCAACUUCCCUCUGCAAAAAAACGCCAGCAAUGGCAUCCCGGAGGCCAAGGAUGAGGAUGAUGUCGGUGUCCACUGUGGAGACGGUGUAGGGCACAGACUCGUUCAAGAUCACCCGCUACAGCCUGCACAGGCAGCUCAGCAUCAACAAGUCGUCCUUCUGCUCUGCCAACUUCACCGUCGGCGGCCACGACUGGCGCAUCCGUUACAACUCAGACAGAGAGGGUCCCCAAGAAGAAUUUGUCUCAAUCUUUCUUGAGCUCACGAGCGAGCUUGUCGAGGUGAGGGCACUCUUCGAAUUUAGGAUGGUCAACCCAGUCUCCGAGCGGUCAUCAUCAUCUAAUACUCCUGGCCGAUUGUGUUCAACAGUGAAAAUCUGACAUCGGGUAUCACCACGUUCAUGAGGAAGACCAAACUAGACUUGUUGACAGUGGAUUUCGUGCAAGACGACUGCCUCCUGAUAGAGUGUGAUGUCAUAGUAAUCAAAGAAUCACUGGUGAAAGAGACGGCUCUCGCCUCCAACUUCGAUAUUCAAGUCCCACCCUCAGACUUAUCGGACGACCGUAGAAGAUUGCUAGAGUUAAAGGAGGAAACUGAUGUGACAUUCGAGGUAGAAGGUGAGGUUUUCCAUGCCCACAAGAUUGUGCUCACAAUGCGCUCUCCAGUCUUUAAAGUGGAACUCUACGAGCCGAAGAGAGACACAGGAGGUAUGGAGAACAAAACAAUCGAAUGUAUGGAUCCUGUUGUUUUCGAGGCAUUGCUUCACUUCAUAUAUACUGAUUCGUUUCCCGUCAUGGAUGAUCUUGAUCAUGAUGAGAAAGAAGACAUGGUUAAGCAUUUUCUUGUAGCUACGGACAGGUAUGGCAUGGAAAGGAUGAAGUCGGUAUGCGAGAGCAUCCUUUGCAAGGGAUUUGAUGUUGAGAGUGUCGCAUCCACUUUAGCUUUAGCUGCCCAGCAUUGCUGUAUCAGUCUCAAAGAUGCUUGCAUUGAAUUUAUCAUCUCUCGGAAUAGAAUGGAUGUUGUGUUAGCAAACCAAGGGUACGAGCACCCCAAGAGAGUUUGUCUCGCUGCUGCUGUGGAACUAUGGGAGAAAGCAGCUAAGUCGAUAUGGUACAAUAAGAUCAUCCAGGGUGAACUUAUGAAUUGCUAUGUUAGUUGAUGCAUGCAUAGCUUUGAAAGUGGAAAUUGGCUUGUCCUAUAGUUUUCUGAGAUACUCUCGUCUUCGA